UCCUGUCCAGACUAGUGCAUUCUGAUUAACAAUGUCCUCAAGAAGCACAGAAUUGUUGAUAAUCCUAACCUUAGUGUCUGGCUCAGCUGCUCUGUAUUGUUUGUCCUGUACUGAUUCUGUUUCUCCAAGACAUUGUCACACGGUCAGAAAAUGCAGCGAAGGGGAGGUAUGUUUUACGGAGUCUCACACCACUGAGAAUGGUGCGGUUGUGUAUGACACAGGAUGUGCUACUUCACAGAAAUGUCGAACGAAACGUGUCCGCCCUGAUAAACUGAAGAGCCUGCACGGCGUGGAUCCACAUUAUCACCAUUCUCAGUGUAUGGAAUGCUGUACCUCUCAUCUGUGUAACAACCAGGGAUGUGGACAACCAGGAUAUCCAAUGACCCGUGGACCUGCCUGUUUUGACUGCCAACAGGUAUCCGACCCUAUGCUAUGUGAUAAAAUAAAAGUUUGCGACAUGAACCAGGUGUGCUAUCUUCAAAAGGAAGUUGAAUUUGGAGACGUCCUCUUCACGUCAAGUUGCAUCAACAAACAUGCUUGCACAUCGGAUGUGGAUGUAUUUGGAAAACGAAAUCUUCAAAGCUGUUCUAAAUGCUGUCUGGCUGAUUUAUGUAAUGAUGAAUGCGGUGAUAUGACCCAUCCUCCUUCCACGCCAGGUUCCUUAUUGGUAUCGACAACAACACUUACACCAUCAAGUACUCAAGUACCAAGAUCAAUGGGUAGUAGAGGUGAGGAGUUUCUGAUCUUAUUUAUGAAAAAUCAUCUUUUAGCGAUGGGGAACUUGAGUGUUUACAUAACGACAGACAAUGAAACAACAAUUAAAAUAUUUACAUCUCCUCGUUUGAAUGCAAACAUUAAAUCGGUUAUUAAUUUUACGUCCAGCUUAACGCUAGGUCUCCCUAUAGACCUUGUUUGUGAAUAUUUUACUGUUGAACCUAAAGGUUUAAUACUACAGACCUCUGAAUUAUCAUCUAUAACAAUCUUUGAUCGUUUUGGUAUGGACACAAAUGAUGGGACACUUAUAAUUCCAACAAGGAAACUCUCGAACAAAUAUAUUAUUUCUUCAACUGACCCAUAUACUACGGAAAGUUAUUACUAUAGUCAGUUUGCUAUAGGUGCACUCUAUAACAGGACAUUUGUAGAGAUAACAUUCAAAUUUAAGGACAACACUCCUCUCACUAUACAGGGUAAAUCAUACAGAGACGGAGAUGUUUUCAACGUGAUGUUAGAAAGAUUUGAUACAUUACAAAUUGCGCAUACCACAGAUCUCUCCGGCUCCUUCAUAACGUCCAACAAACCUGUCACAGUUUUCUCUGGAAAUAGAUGUCAGCGUUUGAAAUAUGGUUGCAGUCACAUGGUAACACAACUUCCUCCGACAACCGAAAUAGAUACUAAAUAUAUUAUACCUCCUUUCUACACCAAUGACGGGACUUUAAUUCAAGUACUUAGUGAGAAUGGUAGUUCAGUUAACUCAAGUGUUGGAAGCAGCGUUUCAAACUUUCAUUUAAAUGAAAAAGGAUACAAGAAUAUUGAAGUAACUUCAAAUGUGACAACAGUUAUAGAAUCAGAUCAACCUGUCCUUGUUACUGCUUUCGGAAUGGGUAAUAAGUCCAGUAAUUAUCAUCCGUACAUGACGGUCGUACCAGGAAUCCACCAGUAUCUCGAUUACUACAAGGUAGCUGUACCAGCAGGAUAUGCAGAAAAUUUUAUCUGCUUGAUUGUUCCAUCGCAAUCUCUGAACAACCUACGCAUUAACGGAUUUUCUGUAUAUCAUUACACCGUUGUAUAUCAGAGCGCAUUGACAUUAGCAAAAUCGUUCAGUGUUCGUACCUUAAAAGUCCAAAGUGGAACUAUUGUUUUGUCAACAUCUGAUGCAUCACAAUUUGGACUUAUUGUUUAUGGUCAUCGGAUUGCUGAUGGUUACGGUUUUGCGGGAAAUUUUGUCCUCCCAUAAACGUUAAAAAAUGAAUUCAAAGUGUUUACUUUGUUAGUGAAUAUUAAUAUUGUAUUUGACAUGAAUAUUAAUUCAAUAUAAGCGU